CACUCGUCAACAUGCAACGCUGUGGAAACAUCUUGUGAGGCAGUGUCCAUCCAGUUUGGGUAUAUAUAGAACCUGGCAUCUCAACUCACACAGUAGUAACUUUCAAAACUCUAUACUUUUGCUUCUCAACUUAGACUAUAAUUUCUUCUAAAGAACCACCUAGUAGAGUGUGGUUGUGGACUUGAGGUAUGGCUUGUUAUAUGCCUUUCAAUAGCAGGAACUUGGAUGUAAACAUACUGGUACUUAAGCCAAAGAUAGUACUUGUCGAUGAACUUGUGGAUGCUCUCAAGCACUUUUCGAUAUGGACAGAAACCUUUGGCUGCGUCCACAGCUCUAUCCUGCAAAGCAUCCAUGGAAAUAUGAUCGUGUGGUAUGGUGCAUGGAUGAAGAGAUCCGACAAUGAUAAGAGGUCACUUAACUCUGCAAUUAUGUCUAUGUUGACAAAUAUAUCAAGCAUGGCUGUUUUAAUGGACUACAGCUUCUUCGAGACCUAUGCUGGAGAAUCGAAAACUGGCUCAGCAUCUGCCAGAUUCUCCACUGGGGACACUGUUUCAUUCAGUAUUAUAGCUCAUACGGCGGAUGAGAAUAUAUCACAACUCGACCUUUCCUAUACAAUUUUAGCUACCUUCAAAUCUAGCUUCCUUUCCAUGGAUGGGGUAACAUCAGGGGUGUGCCUGAAAAAAUAUCAGAACAGUAAGAAUGCAGUAGCUGAUGAAUUUAUUUUGAACUUCUUUGUAUGGAAAUCACUACAAUCUUGUUAUUCGUAUAUUCUCAAGUCAGACAUCAAAGAUGUCAUCGUUCCGUACCUGAAAGGCUUGUCUCUUGAUUUCAAGUAUGACAUUUUUAGGGUAAUAUAUGUUAGCGGUGACAAUUUGAUGGAUUUUCAGUAUAGUCCUUCGCCCCCUCAUCAGAUGCUGCAGACGAAAAAAAGGCAAGAACGUUCAAGGCCAUGAAACGAUAUGAUUAUUUGUGGGAGUUUACUCACAUUUCGUGAAUUUUUUCCUUCAAGGUUGUGAUGAGUUAAUGAUCAAUGUAGUGUAUAUUCCUGUGAAGAUGUCAAGAAAUGGCAGUUAAUUUUUGCAUUGGUCUAGUACUACUAUGUGAUCGUAUCUGUGUGCAGUUGUAAAUUUGUGAUGAUACGAGACGCUGUUACUAACACGAAGAAGACUAGUCAUCGAGUCUUCGUGAAGGUACUCCGACAUCAACAGCCUUGUAUCAUGAUCAUGAUGUAUCAUUGUUGAAUCUAACCAAUAACAAUACACAAUCGAGAUGAA